AAAGUGGCAGUCAGCUCUUCCAGCCCCAUUGCCACAGCUUCGUUACCACCCCCAUCCCAGGCCAGACACAGACCCAUCAGUGAGGGGGAGAUCUUCAAGCUUCCAGGCAGCCUGAGAAUCCAGCCCUCACUGUGGAGCAAGGAUGACGUGAUCCACUGGCUAAGAUGGGCUGAGAAAGAGUAUUCCCUUCGGCAAACCGACGAAAGCAAGUUUGAAAUGAACGGCAAAGCCCUGUGCAUCCUCACCAAGGAUGACUUCAGAUACCGAGCUCCGAGCUCAGGUGAUGUGUUAUACGAAAUACUUCGGUACAUUAAAACCCAAAGAAGAGCUCUGGUGUGCAGCCCUUUGCUGAACUCAACCUUCAGGGAAGCCAGGAGCACUGAGGAAGGGCUCUGGAAGAUCUCCUGGGACCUGUGAUAAUGUACUGUUUUGUUUUGUUUUGUAGGGACAGACUGUAGUGCUGAGGCUGCCCCAGCUGCUGUUUCCUCCUGCCUGGGUUGUGCAGAGCAGCCUGUGUCCUGCAGCCACGCAGAGCCGCUGAACCUCUCCCACCACAGCUUGGAGAGCAGCUGCAGGGCAGAUGCUGUCUGCUCUUUUCCUACAACCCCAGUGGAUGGGAAAAUUGCAGACUGCAGGUUGCUGUGGGAUUAUGUGUACCACCUCCUCUCCGACAGCCGCUACAAGCCUUACAUCAAGUGGGAAGACAAGGAAGCCAAGGUCUUCCGGGUCGUUAACCCAAAUGGACUUGCCCAGCUCUGGGGGAACCACAAGAACCGGAUGAACAUGACAUACGAGAAGAUGUCACGAGCGCUCAGACAUUACUACAAACUCAACAUCAUCAAAAAGGAGCCAGGGCAGAAGCUGUUGUUCAGGUUUUUGAAGACUCCUGGGGAGAUCAUCCAUGAGAAAUCCAGCAAACUGGAGCAGCUGGAGAAUGAGGACCAUGAGGAUUUGAAAGAAGACCCACUGGAGGCUUCACCGUAGGAAAUCUUUGGAGGUGGCACUUGCAGUGCAUUGCAGACAGACUUGUGCUCCGCUGGGAAGUGCUGGUGUCUCUUGCUUCCUGGACGGAAGGCCACAGAGCUGGUCCUGGAUUUCAAAACCUGCCCUGAGCCAAAGCUGUGA